CCUUUGACAACACCUGUGAUGUCGAAUGUGUCCUCAGCGCAGGCGGAUUUCGAUUUCUGGGAAUUUGUCUCCUGUUCUCGAUGCCAACUUCCAUUCGUCUCUGAUGCAGGAGCCACCAUCCCCUUCUGGCUAACAGAGUGCGGCCAUGUGUUGUGUAACACGCACCUCCAACCAGACCAGAGCUGCGCACAAUGCGGAAUGGCAGGGAUUCAGCUCGUUCCUCUUCAACGCGAAAUGGAGGCGCCCAUGUCGGAAUGGUUUCGUUCCGUACCUCAUGCCCUAGAUGCUGCAGCAUAUGCUGCAAAAUUCCAGCAAGACACGAUGGCGUUCCAAAUUCGAUUCUACAAAUCGAAGCAACAACAUCAACGCGCCGUCAUCGAUCGACUAAAACGAGAGACUGCUGAGCUUAAACAGGUCAACGCUGUUCUCAGUCAAGAAAACACCAAGUUUCGACAACAUCUAGGAUUUCAGGACGAGUUCGAGUCUUCAGACGCGCCCAAUAUCAAUAAUAAACGGCCCAUGGCUACAUCCAAUCACCAACGACCGCGGACCUCGAGUUCGCGAUCCGUUGCGACCCCGCUUGGGCCUAACCGUCUUACUCUCCCUCCUGGACAGCAGCCUCCCAGUCUAGCUGUCAAUGCUUCGGCAAGAUCGAACCUUGAGCACCCUUCUCAUCGGCCAGGUACCACCCAGUUUGCUGAACAAUACGCCUAUACAUCACCUGGACAAUAUGAUUCCCAGAAUCCUUCUUACGCUCAGCUAGCACCACGGCGAUCGAAGCAAACUCAAGAUCAAGAUCGGCGUCAAACCUAUCCCCGAGAGCCUCUGCCUUCUGGAAAGUUCAAGCCCGCACAGAAAGCACCGCUAUUGAGCCAUGCAAAUUCAAAUUCACGCGGUCAGGCGCAAGUUCUCCAACGUCAAUCCCAACCACAAACAAUGGCGCCUCCUCCAACGCCUGGAGAGCCUGGUCAACGGAAUAAAAUGCUUCCCCCCAUGGACCGGUUUGCAGCGCCAGCUUCGGAUCAACAGCGUUUUGUUCCUUCCACUUCAAGCGGUCUACCACAGCGACAAUCGCGCCACUCUUUGAGAGAUAUUUCGACCGCAACUCCUUAUAGAACAGGGAACAUUCCUGCGGGUAGCGGCCAGCGGGUUCCGUUUGUGCCCCAUGCAGUGGGAGGUUUUGGUUAGGUCUCGCCUUCCACAUCCUUCAGUCUACUGAGAGUCUCUGUGAUAUCUGGGCACGUGUUACAAAAUAACUUGAUUUUUACGAGUUUGAGUUUGGGCACUCGGAGACUAUGAACAGACUGGGAACAUUCAAUUCGUCAGAUAGGUGGUAGCUCCCUCGGCCCUUGACGAAUGAAUGCGAUUCCCG